GUGUUACCAAAAAUUACAUCAUGAUUCACUUUUCCAUAAAAAAAUGUGAAUUCUCUUCCUGAGGGUUCUGCUAGCCCCAUGAGAUGAUUAUUUUAGCAACAUGUCUCGAGUUUACAUGUAAAUCCAACCUGUUUACUGUUUCCAUAAUAAUCAGAAACCCUCAGCUCAGACAUGCAGAUGAAGAAUGAUCACUUUAUAUUAAUAUAAAUAUAGAUUUAUUAGUUUAAGAAUGACCACAGAGCCUCUUCUGAGUUCUGGACUCUGAUUGGUGGAUCAGGUGUGGAUUGAAUUAAUUCUCAUGUUUAUAUUAAUGCGCUGAUAUGUUAUGGUUUCUAUAGCAACAGCUCCUUCACAGUGACGUAUACAGCUCACGCUCCACUGAUAAUAAACAGUAGAUAAAAUCCUGGUGAAUUUUGUAAGGAAAAAUGUCUAAUAUUUUAGUGUCACUGCUUUGAUAGUCAAUUUUCUGCUGCAGGAGAUGAGACUGUAAGCUGUAAUGUACACCAAUAAGCCAUAAUAUUAUGAACACCUGCCUAAUAUUUUGUUGGUCCCCCUUUUGCUGCCAAAACAGCCCUGACCCUUCGAGGCAUGGACUCCACUAGAUCCCUGAAGGUGUGCUGUGGGAUCUGGCACUAAGAUGUCAGCAACAGAUCCUUUAAGUCCUGUAAGUUGUGAGGUGGGGCCUUCAUGGAUGGGACUUGUUUGUCCAACACAUCCCACAGAUACUGGAUUGGAUUGAGAUCUGGGGGAUUUGGAGGCGGAGUCAACACCCCAAACUGGUUGUUGUGGUCAUCAAACCAUUCCUGAACCAUUUCUGCUUUGUGUCCUGGAGCAUUAUCCUGCUGAAAGAGACCACAGCCAUCAGGGAAUACCGUUUCCAUGAAAGGGUGUAGAUGGUCUGGAACAAUCCUUAGCUAGGUGGUACGUGUCAAAUGAACAUCCACAUGGAUGCAGGACCCAAGGUUUCCCAGCAGAACAUUGACCAAAGCAGGACACUGCCUCCGCCGCCUCACCUUCUGCCCAUAGUGCAUCCUGGUGCCAUGUGUUCCCCAGGUAAGAGACACACAUGCACCCGGCCAUCCACGUGAUGUAAAAGAAAACGUGAUUCAUCAGACCAGGCCACCUUCCAUUGCCCUGUGGUCCAGUUCUGAUGCUCAUGUGCCCAUUGUUGGUGCUUUCGGUGGUGCACAGGGGUCAGCAUGAGAACCCUAACCGGUCUGCGGCUAUGUGGCUCCAUACGCAACAAACUGUCCUGCUCUGUGUAUUCUGACCCCUUUCUUUCAGUACCAGCAUUAACUUCUUCAGCAGUUUGAGCAACAGUAGCUCGUAUGUUGGAUCAGAUCACACGGUCCAGCCUUCUCUCCCCACGUCUCACACAGUUCAGGAACCCGGUUCCUCGUGGGUUCUCGAUCUAAUCAGGAUCUUUGGAAUCGGUUUUUAUCAAUCAGCGUUUCCUCGGUGUGACCGCUAGAUGGAGCUGUUUCUCAGGUUAAAUCUCCGCGUGUCAUCAUCAUCAUCAUCAUCAUCAUCAGCAGCAGGUUAAAAUAAAACCCCGAGCAGUCCUGAGUGUCAGUGUGUAAAGCUCAGUGUAGAGAGGAGCAGAAACACCAAACACUCUGAGUAGAAAACUCUCAGCAUCUUCUGGUCCUCUUUCUUCCUCCAGCUUCCUCACCACAGCUUCUUCUCAGCCCUGAGAUCAGGAUGGAGUUUCAGUGCCUCCGUGCAGAAAACCUUUACACACUUUUCUCUCUUUAAUUUCUUCAUCAAACCUUCAGCUCAACUGCGCGGAUUUAUUUCUUCCAUGCUGCAGCAUAAGCACUGAACUGAAGAUGAGCGAUAUCUACGAGUCGGCCGCCACCUCGCUGGGGCUCUUUAACAGUCCCUGUCUGACUAAAGUGGAGCUGCGCGUAGCAUGUAAAGGAAUCUCGGACCGAGACGCACUGUCCAAACCCGACCCCUGCGUCCUGCUCAAGAUGCAGUCACACGGCCAGUGGAUCGAGGUGGACAGGACAGAGGUGAUCCGGAGCUCCAUCAAUCCCACCUUCUCCAAAGUCUUCACCCUUGACUACUACUUCGAGGAGGUGCAGCGCCUCCGCUACGAGCUCUACGACAUCAGCAACAGCCACAACGACACCAAGGAAGCAGACUGCCUGGGGGCCAUGGAGUGUACACUGGGACAGAUUGUGUCCCAGAGAAAGCUGUCUAAAGCUCUGCUGAAGCACUGCAACACCGUGGGCAAGUCCACCAUCAUGGUCACAGCGGAGGAACUGAUGGGGAAUAACGACUAUGUGGAGCUAUCGUUCAGUGCCAGGAAACUGGAUGAUAAGGACUUUUUCAGCAAAUCAGAUCCGUUUCUGGAGAUUUACAGAGUCAACGAUGACGGAACACAACAGCUGGUGUACAGGACAGAGACUGUAAUGAACAACCUGAACCCUGUGUGGAAGACCUUCAAAACCUCACUGAACUGUCUGUGUAGCGGAGAUCAUGACAGGAUACUGAAGUGCUCUGUGUGGGACUGGGACUCCAACGGCAAGCACGACUUCAUCGGCGAGUUUCAAGCCACGUUUAAAGAGAUGCGUGGAGCCAUCGAUGGCAAACAGGUGCAGUGGGAGUGCAUUAACCCCAAAUAUAAAAUCAAGAAGAAGAACUACAGGAACUCUGGGAUUGUGAUCCUGAAUCAGUGUAAGAUUAUAAAGAUGCACUCGUUCCUUGAUUACAUCAUGGGUGGAUGCCAGAUCCAGUUUACAGUUGCUGUAGAUUUCACGGCGUCUAAUGGAGACCCACGGAACAGCUGCUCUUUACACUACAUCCACCCGUACCAGCCCAAUGAGUACCUGAAAGCACUGGUGGCUGUGGGAGAGAUCUGCCAGGAUUAUGACAGUGAUAAAAUGUUCCCAGCGUUCGGAUUCGGCGCUCGGAUUCCUCCAGACUUUAAGGUGUCACAUGACUUCGCCGUGAACUUUAACGAGGAUAAUCCUGAAUGCGUAGGUAUCCAGGGUGUAGUAGAAGCCUAUCAGAACUGCCUCCCUAAGAUACAGCUGUACGGCCCAACCAACAUUGCCCCUAUCAUACAGAAAGUGGCACAGUCCGCCUCCGAGGAACUGCAUGUCCGCCAGGCCAUGCAGUACUUUAUCCUCCUGAUCCUGACGGAUGGUGUGAUCACAGACAUGGCAGAUACGCGAGAUGCCAUCGUUCACGCGUCUCACCUGCCCAUGUCCAUCAUCAUCGUGGGCGUGGGGAACGCAGACUUCACUGACAUGCAGAUUCUGGACGGAGACGACGGGAUCCUGCGCUCGCCCAAAGGAGAACCGGUUCUGAGGGACAUCGUCCAGUUCGUCCCGUUCCGCAACUUCAAACACGCCUCUCCUGCAGCGUUGGCCAAAAGCGUUUUAGCCGAAGUGCCCAACCAGGUGGUGGAUUAUUACAACAGCAAGGGCAUCAAACCCAAAUGCCCCAGCGAGUUCGAGUCUUCCAGGACGUUUAGCCGCUGAACUCUGACUGCGAUCUGAUUAGGAUCUGAUUAGGAGCUGAUUAGCUUCAGCACGUCUCUGUCAGUCUGUCGCUCAUACGUUUGCAUGCCUGGAUGGUUGUAGGCUAAAGCUAAAGUGGCGAGUCACGCGUCCGGUGUAGAGACACCGAGACUCAGCAUGUUUCUCAGAGUUAGAACUGAUCUGUUUCUUUUUUUAUGUCUAUAUUUAAACUGAGAUUUUGCAAAAUUUCUUAAUCUUCUUACACUGUAAAGCAUUUUGGACGGAGACGCCUGAGAAUGUUUAGCUCUCUGUGUUAGACACUGAACGUUUUCACCUUCAGAUAAAAACCUGUUUGGUUUUUUUUUUUUUGCACAUGAGGAAAUGCAUGACUGUGUUUUGCAUGUUAAUAUAAAUUAAUAAAAUAAAAUGUGUCCUUGUUUUGGUCUGGGGAUGGAAAGUGAAGUGAGGGCGUGUCCCAGUCGCUAGUGCUAGUGCUAACGCUAACGCUGGAGAGAAAAGAUCUUACUGGAAUCUGAUUCUGACGAUCGCUUUAAUAUGUUUAACUGAUGAUAAAGCAACAGAGCAGCGAAUUUCAGAACACAGUCCACUUCUGUUAGCAGAAAUAAUCAUCCUGGUGUGUCACUGCGCUGCGGUCAGAGGGAAUUGAUUAACACCUGACCACCAAUCAGGGUCCAGAACUCAGCAGCGCCGUGGGGGACACACUUCACUCUAUAACGUGCUGAAUGCUAAUUGUUUUUAAAUGCUAAAUUAUAAACAUAUAUAUAUAUAUAUCACUAUUGCUUCAAACCCAUAUCUAACUCGAGCUAUUACUUUAAUGUAAAAUAUUUAUCUUACAUUUUUAGUGUUGUUUUCAGGAGUGUCACUGAGGCUCCGCCCACCACACAAAUUUUAAUAACACUUAAUAACGUUUACUGAAAUCCUCCGUGUAUCGUUUUUGUAAUAGAUUUAAUAAAUGGACAGAAUUUAGAUGAUUAAGUAAUUAUAUAGCGUCUGUAACUUUUCAGUGACCUCCACUUUAAUUAGUGAAUUGAUAAUAAAGAGUUAAUUAGUGAUGAAUAAUAAUGAAGAUCUUCAUGUAGCAUAUAUUCUGGAGCUCGAUAAUCACCUAAUUCUUGCUCAUGAUUCGAACGUUCGACAGAACUCCAAAAAUCAAACAUGCAAAAAAAUACAUAUCAGGACGUCCAGUUCAUAGAGGAAUCUGUGACCGGCGUUUGGGACGAGGCCCGAGGUUCCUGAGGCUCCUCAGAUCAGGAAAAGCACAAGAGUAACACUUUAGAAUAUUUCAUUCAGGUAGAUUAUUAGAGUUUGAGACAGUAUUAAAGCGCUAUAAACUCUGUGUGUGUGUGUGUGUGUGUGUGUGUGUGUGUGUUCUGAGCGGUCAGAAUAACUCUGCAUGCAUGUGGUUUGCUGUAACGGACAUCAGUGUGUGGUUUCUAUUCUAAAGUCUCUCCUUUAUUCACUUAUGAUUAAAUGUUCCUCUGGAAUCUUAUACAGAUGUUUCCUGUUGAUUCUGACUCCUGGGUUCUGUUACAGAACGAAGCAGAUGUUACUCACACACACACACAGUUAACUUUAUUUACUCACAGAUUCACUCUUACAGGAUGAUAUUACAUUAGAACUAAGCUUCUGGUCUCUUUAAUCCUUAAUCCAGUUCUCUUCAAAUACAACACACACACACACACACACACACAC